CCGACGGGCGGGCGCACGCUCGAACUGACUAAUUGAGCGGUGGGGACGAGCAGGGACCCGGUUUCACGUCCGCCAGCCUGACAGGCGGACCGAGUCUGAAGAGGAGCAGCGGAAAGGACACGUCCCGUUCUUCCCGGUAGAUGCGGGACUGCCGAGGCUCAGAUGAAUCCGAAAUGGACCAACGGCCACGAGCGGUGCCAGCGCAGUCCAACACCGGCUGCUGAAAUCUGACCACUCCGCUCCGAGGUUUAGACCCCCCAGCGAACCGGACUCUUGUUGCGCGUCGGUGAAACUCUGGAUCUGAUCAAUUCCUCUUCUUCCUCCUCCUCUUCUUCUUCUUCUUCUGCAGCCGCUGCGACCCCUUAACUCGCCGGGAUUAACCUCAAGACUGUCAUAUAGUAAGAAGUUGGACGGCGCGUCAUAUCUAAACCCAGCCGGCCCCUGCGUGCAUCAGACGACCCGCCGUGUCCGGAGCCAUGGGCUGCACGGUGAGCGCCGAGGACAAGGCGGCCGCGGAGAGGUCGAAGAUGAUUGACAAGAAUCUGCGCGAGGACGGGGAGAAGGCUGCCCGAGAAGUGAAGUUGCUCUUACUAGGUGCCGGAGAGUCAGGGAAAAGUACCAUUGUCAAGCAGAUGAAGAUCAUCCAUGAAGAUGGCUACUCAGAAGACGAGUGCAAGCAGUACAGAGCAGUGGUCUACAGUAAUACCAUCCAGUCCAUUAUGGCUAUUGUUAAAGCUAUGACUAAUCUCAAGAUAGACUACAGUGAAUCUGCAAGAGCGGAUGAUGCCCGUCAGCUGUUUGCUCUCUCUGCAGCUGCUGAAGAACAGGGGAUUCUGCCUGACGACCUGGCCAAUGUCAUCAGACGGCUGUGGGCUGACGGCGGCAUACAGAGUUGCUUUAAGCGUUCACGAGAGUACCAGCUGAACGAUUCAGCAGCCUACUAUCUGAAUGACCUAGAGAGGAUAGCCAAGGCAGACUACAUCCCCUCUCAGCAAGAUGUGCUGCGAACUCGAGUUAAGACCACUGGCAUCGUGGAGACUCAUUUCACCUUCAAGGAACUGCACUUCAAGAUGUUCGAUGUGGGUGGCCAACGUUCAGAGCGGAAGAAGUGGAUUCACUGUUUUGAAGGAGUCACAGCCAUUAUCUUCUGUGUGGCGCUCAGCGCAUAUGACCUGGUGCUGGCCGAGGAUGAGGAGAUGAACCGCAUGCAUGAGAGCAUGAAGCUGUUUGACUCCAUCUGCAACAACAAGUGGUUCACAGAGACCUCCAUCAUACUGUUCCUCAACAAGAAGGACCUGUUUGAGGAGAAGAUCACCCGCAGCCCACUGUCCAUCUGCUUCCCGGAGUACUCAGGAGCGAACAAGUAUGAUGAAGCAGCCAGUUAUAUCCAAACCAAGUUUGAGGACCUGAACAAGAAGAAAGACACUAAGGAGAUCUACACCCACUUCACCUGUGCCACUGACACUAAGAACGUGCAGUUUGUGUUUGAUGCUGUCACCGACGUCAUCAUCAAGAACAAUCUGAAAGACUGUGGUCUUUUCUGAAGGUGUGGCCAGAGAAAUGUCAUGGUGGGAUCCUGACCUGCUACGAUGGUCCAGUGCACAGAGGGACUGCAUGAGAGACUGCCACAGGAAUGCUUUUCAUAAUGAAAACAAUAAUAACAGACUGAAUUCACAAGAGGGAAGUCUGGCAGAAUUUCCACAAUCACCGAAUCCCCAACUUUUAUGUUUCCUCUGUAACGUGCUGUUUUUGUGUAUUUCUGAAAACGUAGGACCAGGGGGGUUCUCAAACCUUGCCAUGUUAAACCCCUCCAAAUAGCUAGACAUUUGGACGAAGUACCGCUAAUCAUCGAAUAUUUGGGACACUCAUCUGAAAACGGCUGUUUUUAAGUUAGACUUGUGGCGGGGAUUUAAAUAGCUAAUUGGUUACAAGUUGACACAGCAGUGGAACUUCUAAUUUAUUGUAACACAUGCUAACCUGUACAUAGAAACACAGUAAAGUAAAAUGUCGGCCCUGUAAAGAGCCAUGGGCUUUCCCCUCACUGAGAACCGCUGCUCUUAGAUGGUUGAAAUUUAAUUUAAUUUAAUUGGUCUCUUUUUUUGUAUUGAUGCUGCUCACAUUUUCAUUUUCAUCUUGCUUCUCCAUUUGGUUCCGCUCCAUCAUCAGAGGUUAGUUCAGAAAAUGACUAUUUUAUAUUACUGUAACGACUUUAUGUUGACUAAUGUUUGCAUUUUAUCAAACGUUCGAUUGCACAGAGGCUUAUUUUUUAGAGUACAAUUAUCAAGCAUGGAGAAAGAAAAUGGGUUAUGGGAAAAAUCGUUUUGUACAAUGUUUACACAGAACUGAUACUCACUGCUGUACUAUACUGCACUGUUCUGCAUGACCGUCCAUAGAGUAGCCUGUAGUCCUCACACGCCGAGUAACAUUCCUGAAGACGUGUCUUUAGAGAAGCAAAACCAACAAAAAAAAAUGUGUCAUUCUGAGAUAUUUAAAAUUACGUCUAUAGGUAACAUGAGUUGUUCCGUCUUGUUUGUUUCAUUUCAGGUCUUUUGCAUUAUGUUCGUGCCUUGAUAUCUGUUUACACUUGUUCUUGACUUGCAACUUUCAUAGUGUGAAUUAGGGCUAUUUCUACUCCAGUGCAGUUCACAUGACCCGCGAUCAACGACAAACCCACGACGCUGAGACAAAUAAGUCACUGUAUUUAAUAAAUAUCGACAUGCAUAAGCGCUGUUAAAUUGUUAAAUAUAAAUAAAG